UCCUCCAAAUAUUUAUAGCCCGCCUCUGUCUCUCGCUCUCACGCUCCUUGUGUGUGGAAGAGAAGAAAUGGAGAGAGAAAAAGAGGAAGAAAAGUCAUCUCUGAGAUCGCCAUUGAUCCAAAUCUCUGAAGAAGAUGGAGUCUGUAGGGAGAGAAGCAAUGGAAACGGAGUUGUUGAGGAAGUAAGGAAGCAGCUAUGGCUGGCAGGGCCUCUGAUAGCUGUGAGUUUAUUACAAUAUUGUUUGCAGGUGAUUUCCAUCAUGUUUGUUGGUCAUCUUGGUGAAUUGGCUCUCUCUGGUGCUUCCAUGGCCACUUCUUUCGCAACGGUCACAGGUUUCAGCUUGUUGAUGGGAAUGGCAAGUGCAUUGGAUACCUUAUGUGGCCAGUCAUAUGGAGCAAAGCAAUAUCAUGUGAUGGGAAUACACAUGCAGAGAGCCAUGCUUGUUCUUUUUCUUGUAAGCAUACCCCUUGCAGUCAUCUGGGCAAACACAAGAUCCCUUCUAAUCCUCUUUGGCCAAGAACAUGAUAUAGCAACUGAAGCCGGACAAUAUGCGUGUUACAUGAUCCCGAGUCUGUUUGCCUAUGGUCUUCUUCAGUGCCUUAAUAAAUUCUUGCAAACCCAAAACAAUGUCUUUCCAAUGAUGCUAAGCUCUGCAGUCACUGCUUUACUGCACAUACUUAUAUGCUGGAUUCUGGUAUUUAAAUCUGGACUUGGACCUAGAGGAGCUGCCUUGGCCAAUUCCAUCUCCUAUUGGAUCAAUGUACUUCUGUUGGUAUUUUAUAUCAAGUUCUCUUCUUCAUGUGUAAAAACCUGGACAGGUUUCUCAAAGGAGGCGUUGCACAAUAUAUUCACUUUUGUGAAACUUGCUAUUCCUUCAGCUGUUAUGGUCUGCUUGGAAAUGUGGUCAUUUGAAUUGAUGGUUCUCCUAUCUGGUCUUCUUCCUAAUCCAGAGUUAGAAACUUCAGUGCUUUCUAUUAGUCUUAAUACAGCUGCAACAGUUUGGAUGAUCCCGUAUGGACUCAGUUGUGCUGUAAGUACUCGGGUCUCAAAUGAAUUAGGAGCUGGGCAUCCAGAAACUGCACGAUUAGCAGUAUGCGUCGUCUUCGUGACGGCGAUCACUGAGGGUAUCUUGGUUGGAUCAGUCCUGAUAUUGAUACGCAACAUUUGGGGCUAUGCUUAUAGCAAUGAAGAAGAAGUGAUCAGAUAUAUAGCAAUCAUGUUGCCAAUUGUUGCAGUAUCCAACUUUUUAGACGGCCUCCAAUGUGUUCUUUCAGGCACUGCUAGAGGCUGCGGUUGGCAGAAGAUUGGUGCAUAUAUCAACCUUGGUUCAUACUAUCUAAUUGGAAUUCCUGCUGCUAUUUUAUUAGCUUUUGUCUUCCACAUUGGAGGAAAGGGGCUCUGGCUGGGGAUCAUAUGUGCACUCGUAGUCCAAGUGUCAUCACUUCUCAUUGUUACCAUACGUACAAACUGGGAGCAAGAAGCAAAUAAGGCUACAGAGAGAGUCCACGACUCUGUAAUUCCUGCUGAAUUGAUCUCUUGAAGCUGAAAUGUGCCUACAACGGACAAGUUUAUUAGGCAGUAGAGGAAUAUAUAUAAAUAUUAGAAAAUUUUGGGAUCAUCGUUAUUGCAACUUUCUUGAUAUGCAUAACUACAAAAUCAUGUUUUAUAUCUUCAUAAUCAUUGGCAGAUUUUAGAUCUAAUGAUGCACUUGGCUAGUCCCUCUAUGACAAAAACUUCUUGAUUUGGCU